AUGGAAACUGCCUUUCUCCACUGUGGAGUCACAGGGCUGCGAAAGACAAACUUUACAAAGGCAACCGCCUUCACUCCACAUAGGCACCACGUCAGGUCAAGAAAUCUGCAAGUAAAGCGCAGACGGUACUCUCCUCCGUCCAUGGUCUGGAAGCCACAAGGCCUUCUUCAAGAGGCUGUUGAAAUCCAAAAGCUCCAGGUGGAACUCAUGGAAGAGACACUAACUGAACGACCGGACCAUCCCAUUAACACUCGCCGAGCGUUUUACGCCCCGAAAACGGAUCACCGCUUCUCCCAAGCGCUCAGAAGAAGGGAUGGCACACUUUCCAUCGUCGCUGCCGUGAAGAGGAUGCAACCAAUGCCAGUUGGAGAAAAACCAGAGGCUGUCGCAGAGCUAGAAGAUCUUCCUCUGGACACAAGAGCGCUCGAGUGCAACGGCGCGGACGCAGCGCUCGUGUACACGGAUGCCAUGCGCUAUGGCAUUGCGCUUACCGAGCUGCCGGGCAUCGCAAAGGAGCUUAAGGGAUCGACGACUGAUUUUGGAAUGCCGAUAGCGCGCCACGAUCUCAUCAUCGACCCGGUGCAGAUAGCCGAAGCCGGAGAGUGUGGUGCAUGUGCCGUAACUAUAGUGGCGGGCGCUGUACUCCCAGAUCUGCUUGAAUUGCUCAAUGCGGCAACGGCAAUGGGGAUGGAGACCAUCGUUGAAUGCCACACAGAACUCGAGCUUGACCUGGCGAUGGAAUGUGGGGCGACGAUUGUGUUUUUAACAAAUUUCGAUCGAACACGGAAUCAGCUGGUGCCAGGGACGGCGGAAAAGCUAGUGCAAGACGUACCGCCAUGGGUGCUCAAGCUUGGGGGCGGGGGGAUUGAGGAUGCGCGCACUUGUUGGAAUUACCUUGAUGCUGGAUUUAACGGAGUUGUUCUUGGGAGAUGUCUCCUAAGGUCGAGGAGACCGUCCGGUUUCAUGUCGGAGAUUCGAUCGCAGAAACGCGUCACGGGUGAUAUUUUCUCUGGCGCAUUCGGUAAGCCUUUCAGCGAGGAAUUUGAAAUGUAAACGCUGACUGGUGGUCUCUUCAAGAUGCAGUUUGAUCAGAGCCGCGUAGCCCUAAGCAGAUUGUUGUGCUGCGGUAGCGAAACAAAAGCCCCAUGUUGCUUGCACGAAACUCCGCUUUGGCUCAAGCUCGUCCCAUCAGUGUGUUCUUGAAUAUGGGUACAUAGUUGCAGGACGCCCAUUUCCCCAUGCCCAAUUUAUGGUAGAACAAUGGGGGUGGAUAUCGGAGCAAACCGCAAUGGGAUCAUGAUCACAGGUGUCAACGAUGUGAACAUUCAAAGGCUGUACAGUAAUCGUCCUUUUUUGAGAUUGAUUUUUCCAAGCGAAAUGGGCUCGACUCUAUUCAUAUCGCUGAGCCAUUCAAGAGUCUACGUCGCUGAACAGUAAUCUGCGACAUGAAUCUCCUAUCCGCUGAACCCUGCGUGCUCCUAAAUGUCAUGGCCUCUUAGCUUUACUCGGUUGUAGCACCGCACCACUAAAACACACGCUCCCCCCCCA